UGAAGUUUCUCAACCUGUCAUGGCCGCGUAUUCUUAAAAAAUACUCUUUGCAUGAUUUGAAAACGUUACUAUAGGAGUUCAGCGCAUCUCAUUCGAGUACACGAUGUCUGAUUACGAAGAGGACCAUGCCGAGGGGAUGUCAGAGGACGAUGUUGGGUCACCUGAGAUGGAUCCGUUCAUGGAGGAUGAUGAGGAGGAGAGACAGGCCACACAGAAAGACUGUCUUGAAUCUUUUAGCAGCAAGGACUACAUAAUGGAGCCCAACAUUUUCACCGUACUCAAAAGAUUUUUGCAAGCGGGUGGAUCACCAGAGCGGGUUGUGGAACUGUUGUCAGACAACUACUUAGCGAUAGCACAGACUGUUAAUGUUUUGGCUGACUGGCUAAUACAAGCAGGCGUUGGCAUAAAUGAAGUUCAAGAACUGGUAGAAAGUCAUCUCAAGCUGAUGAUUAUCAAACACUUUGACCCGAAGAAGGCGGACUCCAUCUUCACUCAAGAGGGUGAAACUCCGUCUUGGCUGGCCGAGAUGAUAGAGUACCCGACAUGGCGAUCCUUGUUCUACAAGCUGGCUGAAGAAUACCCAGACUGCCUCAUGCUCAACUUCACUAUCAAGUUGAUAUCGGAUGCUGGUUUCCAAGGGGAGAUAACCAGUGUGUCGACAGCAUGUCAUCAAAUUGAGGUGUUCUCGAGGGUGUUAAGAACCUCUAUAUCCAGCUUCGUGGAGGCAGGGGAGGAUGGGUUGGAGAAGAACCUGCCAGAAUUCACAAAAAUGGUUUGCCACGGAGAGCACACAUACCUGUACAGUCAGGUGCUGAUGCACAUCUUGUCCCAGGAGCUGAAGGGCGGCUCCAACAUCCGACGUCUGUGCCAGGAGCUGCAGAAGUGUGCCAGUGAGAAAGGUCUGGAUGUGACGCCCAUAACGAUGGCCCUGAGUGGAGCGGCCGCCUAUCCCCGAGCCUGUCAGGCCCUGUCCUCCAUGUUGUCCCGGCAGGCCCUCAACCCAGCAGACAUCUCCGUGUUGUUCAGGAUGUAUUCUGAACAUGACUCUCCUCCAGUUGAACUCAUCCGAGUCCCUGCUUUCCUAGAUCUGCUUAUUGACACAUUGUUUAAGCCUGGUACAAGGGUGAACCCUGACCACAAACACAAGUACAUCCACCUCCUGGCCUACGCUGCUAGCGUCAUCGAUACUCACAAGAAGGGAGGUAGGAAGACAAUCAACAGGGACGAGCUGAAGCCGACUGUACAGGCUCUUGAGAAGACCCAGGCCCUGUGUGCUGAGAACAAGGGAGCCUCGGAACUGAUAGCCGACAUAUCAACCCUCUUCACCUGUCUCAGAUUCCCUGUAGUGUCUAUGGGCGUGUUGAAGUGGGUGGACUACACCGUGUCUGACGCCAGCUACUUCAAGCUCAACACAGACCAUACCCCUCUACACCUGGUCAUGGUGGACGAGAUUGUCACCAACCAUGUCCUGUUGCACCAAAAAGCUUUAGAUCUUCUUGUUCGAGUGUUUGAAUCUUCAUUCGAGGAAUUAGAUGUGUUGGUUCGGCUGGAGUUGAAGAAGACUGUUCUGGACCGGAUGGUGCACCUGCUGAGUCGGGGCUUUGUCCUCCCCGUAGUCGUCUACAUCAGAAAGUGUCUGGAGAAGGGAGACACAGACAUCUCACUCAUCAGACACUUUGUCACAGAGGUGCUGGACGUGAUUGCCCCGCCCUACACGCCCGAGUUUGUCCAACUGUUCCUCCCACUCAUCGAGAACAAGACCAUCACCGGCAUCCUCCGGUCAGACGACGGUCAAGACCCUGUCUCAGAGUUCCUCAGUCAGUGUAAAUAGAGGAACAACUGUGAUGUUUCCUGACCAAUGAUGUAACAGCAUCAGUACCAAGGUUCAACUCUGAUGAGCAAUUAGUUCAAGGUCUGGGACUUCCAUAACAACACCGACACACAAUCUCACACACAGAUGUCAUUGCUGGUCUGGCUACUGGCUAGGAGUCUCUUGGACCAGCUUCAUCUCAUAGUGAACGUGACAGACAGACUUCUUCAUACUUUAACAUCAGUCAGUACUCACGGCUAAGUCAAGUUUGAUGCUUAAAUGUUGUUCAGCAUAGCAUAUUGAGUGUCUGCCGUGUUCUGUGUACAAAGGCCUCCUGUAUAUAUGUAUCUUAAUGUAAAUACAGAAAGGGUAGAUGAAGAUCUCCCACAGUUGUGAACAAUGUGACGAUGAGGUCAUGAGAAGGACUCUGAAGAUACAUGACAAAUAUGUAUGGAAAUGUCUGUGGUAGUCCCUGAUCAGGGGCCCUCUAUUCUCCUGUGCAGAAUACAGACAGGAAUAGAAAAUGAGAAAUGAAAAUGUGUGGAUAAAUCAGGCAGCAAAAUUAGAAACAUUGUGAAUUCUGUAAAUACUAGUAUUCCGGUUCUUGAUACUGACAUAAUCCCCCAAAAAGAAACACACUGUGGUUUUCUAGAGAUUUAGACUGCCUCCGUGGUCUAGUGGUAGAGCGUCCGCCCGGAGAGCGCAAGGUCCAGGGUUGGAUCCCCGGCCGCGUCAUACCAAAAGACGUUAAAAGAUGGUACUUGUUGUUACCCUGUCUGG